AUGGAUCCAGCAUGCAUCAGUGUAGAUCUUUGGAUAAAAUAUUUAGGAAAUGACUCUUUGCUGCAGCCUCUGUGGGACAACCUGCGGCUCCAUUACAGAGAUUAUUUGAGAUCUCCACUUUUCCCUGUUGUUCUGACUGUGUCUUCAUACUUUGUUUUGUGCCUUCCUUUUCUUUUUUGUGACAUUAUGGGUGAUAAGUUGGCAUGGGUGCAACAAUUCAAGAUCCAACCAGGCCGUCGUCCCACAGCCUCUACACUGCUGCACUGUGCAGGUGUCACCCUGUACAACCAUUUGUUUUUGGUGCUGCCAGCAUCAGUGGCUCAGUGGGCAUGGAGGCCACCUAUAGACCUGCCAGAACAGGCUCCAUCCAUGCUGGAGCUGAUUGCUGGGAUGAUUGGCAACCUUCUACUAUUUGACUUUCAGUACUUCAUCUGGCACCUGCUCCAUCACAGGAUUCGCUGGCUGUAUGUCACUUUCCAUGCCAUCCACCAUAACUACUCUUCACCCUUUGCUCUUGCCACUCAGUGUCUCGGUGGCUGGGAACUGGUCACGGUAGGCUUUUGGACUACUCUGAAUCCUGUGAUCCUGAGAUGCCACCUCCUCACUACCUGGAUCUUCAUGGUGGUGCAUGUUUAUGUUUCCAUCGAAGAUCACUGUGGCUAUGAUUUCCCCUGGUCCACAUCGCGUCUGAUUCCAUUUGGUAUCUAUGGAGGCCCCAGCAAACACGAUGUGCACCAUCAGAAACCUAACAGCAAUUUUGCACCGCAUUUUACCCACUGGGAUAAAAUAUUUGGCACACAUGCUGAUUUCAGCUUUGCUGCUGCUAUAAAAUAG